UAGUCACAGGGUAGAGAUAAUGGAUCUGGGUUCUGCUUGUCAGCAUUAUGUGAAAUUGCCCUUUUAAAAACUUUGAUCCAUCUAAGGAUUGCUGUAUUGGGGGAGACGGGUAUCCUGGAGACAGUGGAUGGGAAAACUGGCUCUGGGAAAGCUCCCACUGUCCUGUGUGUGCCAUCAUUGACAACUCUGCAGUAAAGAUGUCCAGCCACCAUGCAAACAGCUCCAUGGCAUCCACCUCUGAGCAUUAUCAUCCGACCUCGGAACAUCAUCACCCUACAACAUCACCGGAGCACAAUCAUGGAGAAGGGAUGAUGAUGAUGGACAUGACUUUCCACUUCAGCUACAAGAACGUGCCGCUGCUGUUUUCUGGACUGGUGAUCAAUACACCUGGAGAAAUGGCUGGUGCUUUUGUCGCAGUAUUCUUCCUAGCCAUGUUUUAUGAGGGCCUCAAAAUAGCCCGGGAGAGUCUGCUCCGUAAAUCACAGGUCAGCAUUCGCUACAACUCCAUGCCUGUCCCGGGACCAAACGGCACCACUUUGAUGGAGACGCACAAAACAGUUGGACAACAGAUGCUGAGCUUCCCUCAUCUCCUGCAGACUGUGUUGCACAUCAUACAAGUGGUGGUCAGUUACUUCCUCAUGCUGAUCUUCAUGACCUACAAUGCAUACCUCUGCAUAGCUGUGGCAGCAGGCGCAGGCACUGGCUACUUCCUCUUCAGCUGGAAAAAGGCAGUUGUUGUGGAUAUCACGGAGCACUGCCAUUAAUGCUGGACACAGAGCGAGAGCCUCUCUCUGCCCCUUCGCUCGCUCUAACUGCAGUCACCAAGAGGAUGAGGAUCAUUCCCCGGCUGACUGAGACGCAACAUACACCAUGAAAAUCAGUGUGUGUUUUACCACCAAUGUCCUAGUCAGGACAAUGCCUGGGCAGCUCACAGGGAUUCCUGGUGUUGGGGAUUUCCCACCCAGCAGCCUGGCACCCAUGCUAGAUGGACCAGCUCUUGAGGUCACACCAGAGCCACCCUUGACCACGAUUUAUGUUGUAUUUGUAGAUUUUCCCUGAUUGAAAUUAUGUAGCAAGUAGAUAUUUACAAGAUUAUUGAACUGUCCUUUUAAAGCAUUUUAUUUUUAAAGAAUAAAUGCUCAGAUCUGGGAGGUUUUAUGAAUGGUUGAUAAAGGAGCCAGUAUGAGACAAUGGCUAUUUUAAUUUUCUAAAAAAUUCUGUACUUAAUGCCUGGGGGAGGGAGGCGGGGAUGUGACUGAUCUCUGGGCCAGCAAAACCCUCUGGGACAGUUUGUAGAAACUUCUGUCCACAAAAUUAGAGUGCUGCUGGUAAAUCACCAGAGGCCUAGUGGGCUCAGGUCUGCUCCGAGAAGCGUGCACCAUUCUUAUUAACUCCAGUGGGCAUAUUGUAUCUGGGCCAGACUUGGGGCCGCUUUCAAGUCUGUUUAAUGUUGCUGGUUUUCUGCUGUAUUCUUGUUCUGCUCAGCUCUGAACAGCAGGAACAUUUCAAACUGGCCACUUCGGCUUACUGAUCAUGCAAUUGCAUUUUUAAGUAGCAGAAAGAGACUUUAAAUAAACCAUUGAAGCCCUGUUGAUUUCAUCUCGAUUUUGCAGCCAUGUACUGUUAGACUCAGAUUUGUCAUUCAAUGCAAAUUGUCAGCAGCUGGCUCUAUUGUUCUGACUGUUUACAAUAUUGUGAUUUUUCUUUUUUCUUUCCGGUUAAACCAAGUGACACGAAGAAAGCUAUUAAAGAGUGACAUUUCUGUAGAGGAUAUUCCUUGGCUGGGCUGGCAGGUAAAGAACCAAACUUGUGUAGGGAGGAUAUAGCAGCCUUAAAACUUGCUCCUCUUAGAUGAGGGUUGGGGGAUAAGAGACUGUAGGGUCAGUAAAAGGAGUUCCAACCCUGAGGACUCUUCUUUAUCAUAAUCACCAAACUGGAACUUCUCAAAAUGGCUGUGCUGGAGCAACCACUUCCAAUGUCAGAGCUGGGCAGCAGCCACUGGAGAGCUUCCCACCCUCCAGCCAGGCCCCUCGUGCUAGGAGCCCAACAGAUCUCACGAACAAGGCAGGGUUCAGGUCCUUCUGUGAGAUCCCUGUGGGCAGCAGGGUUGAUUCAAUAGUUGGUGGUCUUCCCUCUGAGUCACAGCUAAACUGUGGAACUAGGGAAUUCUGUGUUGCUAAGGUGCUAGAGAUGAGAUGUAAAGCUGAGUUCCUGACCGCUUUUUUUAAAGAUUUCUUGGUUUUCUGGGUAGGAGGUGGGCUGUUAGCUGAGUGUGCUGGCCUGAUUCUGAUGGGAGAAAUGCUGUUCUGCCUCCUUAAAUCCCCUUGCAGCUUAACUGGUUAUUUUACACCACAUCUCCUGUCCUAAGCAGCUGUGUGGUGUGAAAUGACUGCUCGGGUUCUUGAUGUGAUCUCUGUAUAUUGUUGGUUCUGAUACUUUGGCCUAAGGUCAAUCUUGGGCCCUUGGAGCCCUUCUUGAUCUGUGGGAAAGGUGGACCUGGGUCUCCCCCAAAGUGUCAUGGAAUGGGAAAGCUGGAGAACUGCUACUAUUCAGAGUUGAUUAGCUCAUUUGUAAGGUACUUUGGGAUGAAAGAUGCUACAAAAAUAUCUGUUUUACAGCCCCUGAAUGUGAUGAGGGGCAGGGCUGCAUGGUCUCAAGCAGCCUCUUACACAAACUCUACUAUCCCCAGAUGUUCUGAAAUUAAGUAAAAUCACCAGAGGGUGAGACAUGGCAGAGGCAAGGAAGAAAAAGCUAGAUUGGCCCAGGGGAUGCAUGGUCAGUGCGGCCUUAGAAUCAGUCCCAACAUGAACUUCAGUUCAUGUUCUGGUCGUGUCCAAAUAGCCACUGACCUCUCAGCACAUUGUGGCUUGCUGCUACUUUAAGCAACUACUGCCAGCUGUUAAUGUCCCAGAAAGCUAUGGGCUCAGCUGUGAUGAACUGGGAGUAGUGUUUUCUUUGUCACCGUGUACUCAUUGUAGAGUCUCUGAGGGCUUGUCUACACUUAUAUUUUAUAGCGCUCGAACUUGCUGGCUCUGUUGUGAAAAAUCACCCCCCCUGAGCACAGCAAGUCUGAGCACUUUAAAGCGCUAGUGUGGACAGGCUCCCAGCGCUCAGAGCUAAACACCUCAUGGAGGUGGUUUACCAGGAGUGGUGGGAGAGCUCUCUCCCAGCGCUCACACAUGAACACACUCGCACUUUCAGCUUUUGCCGUUUCAUGUAGCUGAUCAGCAUGUGAAUGAAAAUCAAGGGGAUCAGAUGUGACUACCCCUUCUGGGAUUUUGACAGGGGAUAAGGAAGACUCUUGGCUCCAUUCUUCCAUGCCUGGCAGUGCAGGUUCUUCCCUUUACAAUCCUGGUGUUUUCCAGACCCAAAUAAAUAUCCAAGGUGAUGUGGAAGGAGUGGCUUCCUGAGGCGUAACUAAUGUACAGUGAAAACUAGGUAGGGUACAAUAGUGCAGCAAAGUUCCAGCCAGACUGAUGUCCUCUCUCCAGCAGUGGCCUGUACCAGCUGCAUCAUGAAAGGAAAAAGCCUCCUAAUGUACUUCAAACAAUUCUCUCCUGUCAUAGCACUUAGCGCCCCCCCUCAACUCCCUCCUUUCUGCCUCCUAGCUGUUAAUGGCUCCAUGCCCUGAAGUUUAAGUAACUUCACUAGAGGGGUUGGCACUGGUUCAAGUGCAUGAAGAGAGGGGCACAUCGGUAACAAGUACAAUUCAAAACUACUCUUCCCCAUCCCCCAUACAUGAAUUGUGCCUCUCUACUCGAGCCUGGUUGCAGCAUGCUUUCUCUGCUUGAUGAGACCCUGCUGUCUCACAAUGUCCACAGACUUUACUAGCCUGAAUCAUUGUAUUUCAUAAGUUUGCUAAGAGUGGCCAGGGCCAUGUCUUAGCCUUGAGGCUCACUUAAUGAGUGUGCCCCUAUUAUCUCUGUGGGCUUCUCAUGAGCCUUCAGUCUAUGGCCAGGUUUUACCCUUUGUGGUUAAAUGUAAAUUGACAAUCUAGUGAUGCGUUUAUAAAAUAAACUGACAGAGCCACAUCCCUCACUGGGUUACAGUCUCCACAUGGUACAUCAGUCCUAACAUCCCCGUGUUCCUGGCCCAGGCUGGUUGAUUUGCCAACCUCUCUAGAGCACCUUCUAGUAACACCCCUUUUCCUGCCUGGAAUCUUUUGCAGGAGUGUUUGAGGCAGACCUGAUGCUGACACUAGACUUCUAUUGGAGGAAAGCCUCCCUCCAAUGACUAAUAAUUGUUCUUAAACAAUACAUUUAUUUAACAAGCUUAAAGAUAAUGUAUGAUGAGCUGUAUGCAAGUAUGUUGUUUUCAGACUGUGCCUCCUGAUUGUGACCUUGGAUGAAUUAGUGUUCACUCAACUCCUAGGCUCUGAAUUCUGUUGCAAAUAAACUGUCUUUUGUUGUCUUUUUUUUUUAUCUAAGUGCCUUUAGGAAACAAUUGGGGGUAGUGCCUUUUAGUUGAGCUAUAGCUGGUUCCAGCUGUAUCACAGGGUUGGUUACAGGGGACCAUGACUUUGUUUUUAAAUCCACUGUUCUGGAAACAACUUGUUUGAAAUGAAAAUAGAGCUCUUCCUGUAUAUAAUUAGUUAAUAAAGUAGACUGCAUUUUA